GUGACCUGUGCACUAGCCCUGCUAAGGUCUUGCUAUUGUUAGCCGGGUCGGCACCGGCUUAGGGCAAUAGCUCUCGCUAAUUGGCAUAGAGCCGCCUACAACAUUUGGUGCGCAAUCAAGCCAUCUGUACUUGGCGCCGGCCCAGGCCCUCUUCGCCUACCUCGACCGCGCGGGCUUUGGUGUCUCCUGGGCGGAUAUCCGCCUCGUAGCUACUGCCUUUGCGGACGACGCUGCGCCGUUCUUGCGUCGGAUGGCCAACGUGCCUGGUUUCCUGGCAGCUAUGGAGACCUUCCGCGCCGCCUCUGGGCAGCGCCUUAACCUCGACAAAGUGGAGCUUCUGCCCAUCGGUGCACGGCGCCGCGCCACUCCUGCUCCCACCCGCGCUGUCGCUGCUGGCUUGGCGGCUGGCGGCGCAGCGGCUGGCAACAUGGCAGCUCACGGCGUGGCGGCGACCAGUGUGGCAGCUGCCGGCGGCAUGGCUGCCGGCGGCGCGGCGGCUGGUGGCGCGGUGGCUGGCGGCGGCCCCGGCACCAGCCACUCUGGUGGGGGCAUCUUGGCGGCCGGUGGUGCGGUGCCUUCUCGGGCGGGCGCGGUUUGGGCAGCUGCCGGUGUUGUGGUCACUGGUGGCGUGACGGCCGGCGGCUCUGCCGCGGGUGCUGGCGGUGCCGUAGCCGCGCCUGCCCCGCCCAACACAGUUGCUAUGGCGCAUGGCUUGCGCGUAGUCUCGCACUCGCGCACGCUGGGUGUGGUCUUCUACGACCUCCCACUUGGCACGGCUGCAGCCCAGGGGGCUCCUUCCCUCUCCCCUGCCAUUGGCACCCUGGGGACGCUCUGCGGCCUCCCCCUAACUGCCUUUGGCCGUGGCUUCUGUGCCUCCUCCUACGCCGUCAGCCGUGUGCUCUACCAUAUGGAGUUUGCGGGUCUGCCGCCGCAGACGGUUUUGGCAGACUUCCUCAAAACGCUUGUGCGGUUUGUGGACCGCCGCAUCAUCGUUGCCACGCCGCAAGGUGCUGGCCGGGCCCGACCUCCCGGCCUCCCCUCCGACUGCGUCGCCCUGCCGCCACGCGAUGGCGGCUUUGGACUGCUGCCGGUGGUGGAACACGUGCGCGCCCGACACGCUGUGUUGGCUGUGCGCUGGCUGCAGCACAUGCACGGCUCUGCGGCUGGCACCUACGUACCGCCGUGGACAGCCGCCGCCACCGCCCUGGUGCAGCAGCUACACACGGCCGCCCACCCCCUCUGCGUCCUGACGAUGCAGCGGGCGGCCGGCGGUGUCGGACCCGCUGCCGAUGGCUGUGCAAUCUUCGGCCAGCCGGUGGCGGCAACCUGCCCGGCCCUCGUGCGCCUCCUGGGUGCCCUCAGCUACCUGCCUCCGGUCACAAUCCUACGCCCGGCUGUGCUGGUGCCAGGGCCCUGGUGCUUUGCACUUCCGCUCUGGGGCAAUCCAGUCUUGCCGUGUGCGGCGGGGCUUCAGGCGGGUGGCUUGGAACGUGACUUCCCAGCUCUCAUGGCGCUGCCGGGUCUGCUCACGCUCGGCACGGCAGUGCGGUGCUGGGAGGCGCUGGCCGCGGUGCGCCAGCUGGUGGCUUCCAAGCCGGCUGGUGCGCUCGGGCCGCGCCUCGCACGUCGCUGCACUAUACAGUACAAGCGGUCCGUCCUGCGCCCCAUCCUGCGCAUUACGGAUAUGGCGCGCGUGCCGCCGGCGCUGCAGUCCGGCCCGGAUGCUGCUGCCCAGUUCUCCGCGCUGCUGGCCCGUGUACCGGCGGCGUGGAGGGUGGCGGCGUCGGCCACACUGCAUGCGCCUGGCGGCGCGGCCUCCGCGCCUCCUGCCCCCCAGGUAUGGCUGCUGCUUGCGCAGAGCCUGGGGUGGCGGCAUGGCGCGGCUGACGUGCCCUUGCUGACCCUUACGGUGAAGCAGGCAACCCAGCUUCAACUUGCGCCUGCGUACGACGCGCUCCGCGUGCGUCACUUGGCCUUCAUCCAGGAGGCCUACAGCGGCGCCGCACCGCCAGCGGAAGCGAUUCAUGCGCUGCGGGCGGCCCUGGCGCGGCUGUGGGCGUUGGUGUGGGAGCCGCGACACAAGGAACCGCUCUGGCGUCUGGCAGUCAAUGGGUUCACGGGCUUUGGGAUGCUUGCGGCGUGGGCCGCAGAUGGACGCGUGGAGAAAUGCCCGUGUGGGACUCAGAUGACUGCUGGCGCUAGGGUUCAUCACUUCUGGGACUGUGUGGUGGCGGAGGCUCUGCGUGAUGUGAUGCGGGAGCAUGCGAAUGUGGACAUCACACGGAACCAGUUGUGGUUAGUACAGGCGCCACCAGGGCUAUCGCAGGCGGUGUGGGACAUCGUGUGCUUGGCUGCUGUGGCGGCCCUGGAAUACGGCCGACAGCGCCUUUACGCUUGCCGUGAUGCUGCAGACCGGACUGCGGAGGUUGCUGUUGUGCGAAAGAUCGGUGUGGAGGUGAUUGCGGACUUCUGGUCACGGCUAGCUGCGUUUAAGCGCAUCUUUGCUGAGGACUGGAAGGCACUGCGGUGGACGCCGGCGGCCCCGCGCCUGGCGUACGCCGCCCUGGCGGCGGACGCGGUGGCAGCGCCGGCGGCCCACAGAGCGCGGCAGCGCUUGCGGCGGCCCACAAAGGUUUGUGCCAACCCAUAUUGUCGCAGCAUGGACGGCCCCAGCGCGCUGAUUGCACCCAGCGAGGGCAAGACCUGCUCCCGGUGCCGGCGGCUCACCUACUGCUGCGGCGCCUGCCAGCUGGAGCACUGGACGGAGACACCUGGGAGACACGCCCCACAGCAAGGCCCGCUCGGAGCUUGUUAAGCCUAGGUCGUGGCAGACACUGGGCUACCGUAUGUGUCUGGCAGCAAAGCCGGGGUGGUGUACUGGUGCAAGCGGACGCAGAUGAAGUUUGUAAGUUUUCGCAGUGCACGGCACGGACGAAUGGGAGACUUGGGCGACGGUUGGUGGCUUCUGAUGUGGCUUGGCACGCGCUUGCCCGAAUCCUGCUGGCGGCAGCCUUUUGGGGUGCCGCCAGUGGGCCGCAUGCGAAAGGACCUUGUGUGUUGAGGACGCGUGACAAGAAAGCAAGGGACAGAUAUUUCCCGACGAUAUUUCCCCUUGCAAGGGAACAGUGUCCCCCUUCGUGUUUCCAAGUUUCCUUGGCUGGGCUGGACUUAGGUCGUUUCUCGGACUCUGCUGUAUCAGCUACUUGCUUCUCCACGGAACUGCGCCCCUAACCCUGUUCCGUCAUGCCCCCCCCGUACGAGCAUGCACUGUUGGACCUCUGGUUCAUACCCCCCGCGGUCCGGGGACUCAGCCCAAACGACGCUCACGGGACAAGGCCACUACGCUUGGCACUGAGUUUUUGUAACGCCGCGCUGCCGCGCUAGUGCGGCACUCGCAGCCUCAAAACACAACGCAAGUCGCGGGCAUAAAGGUGGGCGCAGGAGGGCACCGUUACUGCCGCUUGACGCAGCUGGGCGCGUCAGUCCGCUGGCGGGGUCAAAGGCGGCGCGCUCGGCUGUCGACGAGAAUAACAGCUCGUAGCAAAACUUGGGUGUCGACGGCCGACCUAACAUGGACGGUCAGAAACGAUUACGCUGUGGUAGCGCCCCUUGCUGAUGAGGCAGAGGGCCAUGCAGUACGCUUGUGCAGGGCGGCCGGACGUUUCGUGAGCCAGUGGCAAGUUAUAGCUGAAGUAAUCCCUUUGACUGAGUUUAAUCGUUUGGCCGCUUCGUUUGAUGGCCGAGUGUAGUCAGCCGCAAACUCCUCCUGCACAGCGCAGGCGUUGUUGCUUUCACCACAACGCCACAUAGUAGCUAAAUUGCCAUGCUAGGCCAAAGAACUUCAUGCUGUUCCCUUUUCAGGGCUGCAGCCGAAGUGCUUCAGCCUGCACUAUGCCGUAUGUGUCUGGCAGCAAAGCCGGGGUGUUGUACUGGUGCAAGCGGACGCAGAUGAAGUUUGUAAGUUUUCGCAGUGCACGGCACGGACGAAUGGGAGACUUGGGCGACGGUUGGUGGCUUCUGAUGUGGCUUGGCACGCGCUUGCCCGAAUCCUGCUGGCGGCAGCCUUUUGGGGUGCCGCCAGUGGGCCGCAUGCGAAAGGACCUUGUGUGUUGAGGACGCGUGACAAGAAAGCAAGGGACAGAUAUUUCCCGACGAUAUUUCCCCUUGCAAGGGAACAGUGUCCCCCUUCGUGUUUCCAAGUUUCCUUGGCUGGGCUGGACUUAGGUCGUUUCUCGGACUCUGCUGUAUCAGCUACUUGCUUCUCCACGGAACUGCGCCCCUAACCCUGUUCCGUCAUGCCCCCCCCGUACGAGCAUGCACUGUUGGACCUCUGGUUCAUACCCCCCGCGGUCCGGGGACUCAGCCCAAACGACGCUCACGGGACAAGGCCACUACGCUUGGCACUGAGUUUUUGUAACGCCGCGCUGCC